UCCACCUUAGCAGUCACAGACGUGAUGCAAGACUGCCAGAGCGAAGAGACUCACAUCAAAUGCCUAAGAACAUUCACAACUCACUACAGAAAUGAUCCGACUCAACAACACCCAAUUUUUCCACUUCCUGCACCGGGCCGAUGCCUUACGUCGCUCGGGUUCACUGUGUGACGCCGUCAUCACUGUAAACCAUCACACUUUUCGGGCUCACCGUCUGGUGCUGGCUUGUGCCAGCAGCAGACUUGCACGGACACUCGAUCAAAAAGAGACUGACCACCAGGUCCAAUGCACACUGGAGGACAUCUCGCCCAGAACCUUCCAGCAGGUCCUGGACUUUGUAUACACGCAGACUUUGGAGGUGUCUGUGGACGACCUGCGGCAGCUAGUCGCAGCUGCUCGGACGUUGGAGAUGUGGCCGCUGGAGGAAGAGUGUCAGCAUCACUUGGACGCGCUCCUCCGCGAGACAGAGGAGGAUGGCCACAGACUGGAAAAGGGAAGAGCCAGCCAUGAUAAAACAGAUGUAAAGAAGAAGAGAAGAGAGGAGGACAAACUCCAAGACGACAGAAAAAAGUCAGCAUCCACUUUUAGCAGAGACAGCGUCAUCACCAGCUCAGUGUCCCACAUGAUGCCUUCAUCUUCUUGGACGUUCCCAAGCCACAUGUGGAGCUCCGUGAGCACCCUGAGGCGCAUAGCAGAAAACUACUCCAACUUCAUAGCAGCUCAGCCCUCUGCAGCGCACGCCAUCACGCUCCCCGACCCCCGAUACACCAACGCAGCAGCUGCCCACUGCUCUGCCAUGGUGAGCUUGCACGCACGCUACACACAACAUCACUACACUGCCUCCGUAGGGACGGCGAGCAGCACCAAGCAAGAGCUACACGCAGGAAAGAAGGCCAGACUGAGGGCAGACAAGAACAUUGAGUUGAGUUACCCGAAUGUGCUGCGAGUUGACACAGUUAAAGCCUGCACACACAGCAGAGAUGCGGUGCAGCCGGAGUCAGCCUCCUCACCAGCAGGGGAAUCAAGUGGAAGGUGUAUACUCUUUGGGAAAGAUCCCCAAUCCAAUGCACAAGACCACAGAGGAGAAAGACAAUACCAGUGCCAACACUGUUCCAAAAAGUUUAGUCUCAAACAUCAACUAGACACACACCAUCGAGUUCACACAGGUGAAAAACCCUUUGAGUGUCGUCUGUGUGGUCAGCGCUCUCGGGACUUCUCGGCCAUGAUCAAGCAUCUGCGGACCCACGGUGGUGCGUCUCCAUACCAGUGCACCUUGUGUCUCGAGUUCUGCAACAGCCUGGUCGCCAUGCAGAGGCACGUCAGGAGCCACCCGUUGCACGACUUCCCCCAGGACUGGAGCAUCAGCAGCACUUACCUGUACACAUCACAUGCGAGUCAACACAGCAGGAAUAAUGCGGAAGAGUGUUAAAAAGACUCUUACCUUUUUAUUCUUCUUGGGACAAGUGUUUUACACACACCUCACAAAACAGUGAAAAGAAACAUUUAAAGUGAAAAUUAUCUCAAACGGCCUUAUGUAUAAACAUAAGGUCACAGUAUUGCAAUAAAACAUCUUUCUAUUAUAUAUCCUUCAUGUUUC